UUUCUAACCAAAAGUCGCUGCGGAACUCGAUGGUGAUGUGUUGAUAUCGUCAACAUUGAACUCGUAGUGUCCCAAGAGUCGUGAUGUUUGACAGCCAGGAUGAUUCCGGACAAACAUCGGGCAUCCUCGGCAUGCCCCUCAAUUGACCAAUCAGAGGCCUUUCUGGUGACUAACCGCCAAGGAUGGGGAUCCUCGUUGCGUGAGUGAUGUGUUUGUUGUUCAACAGCUUCUAAUCUUCCACGGUGGUGUAACUCCUCGCGUGUAACAUCGAUUCUCGUCCGUUCGACACAUUCACUUCUGAAGUCGUCAAGGUAUCGUCGAGAAAAUGUCCACAGCGCCAGAGACCGAAACCAAGCCGGCGCCAUGGUACGCCGCCUUCCCCGAGCCUCAAUCCGACCUGAUGAACAUCUCGCGCGCAGAGGUGCUGGAGAUGCUCAAGGGCUCGACGGGUGAGGUUGUCGGGAAGGACUUUGUGCUAGUCGAUUUGCGGCGGAAUGAUUUCGAGGGCGGCACAAUCCGCGGCUCGAUCAAUCUCCCCGCCCAGUCGCUGUAUCCGACUCUUCCGACUGUUUAUGCCAUGUUCAAGGCGGCGGGGUUGAAGAAGGUGAUCUUCUACUGCGGCUCGUCAACCGGCCGCGGCAGCCGCGGCGCCCGCUGGUUGUCCGAUUACCUCCUCAAAGUAGGCGACGAGUCUAUUCAAAGCUUGGCUCUGUUCGAGGGGAUCAAGGGCUGGGCGAACGCAGGGCCCGAGUACGUCGAGUGGAUGGAGGGGUACGAUGCGUCGGUUUGGGAGAGGCUGAAGAGCCAGUGAAGGACACGGAGGCGGGAUUGGUGGAUUACGGCCGGGGGUGGUUCGUCGAUGGCGGUGGUGGUGGCCGUUGUUGAUGGUCGAGAGGGGUGGGAGAUGUGGGAGAUGUUGAAGAGGUAGAGGGACGCGGAGGAGCUUGUUGGGACGUUACCCG